AUGUACCUUAAGGACGAAGCUGAUAUCUGGUGGAGAGAUAAUGCUGUGACAGUUAGGGCCAAACCUAACUUUGGGUGGGAAGUGUUUAAGACCUCCUUGAGGGACAAGUUUUACCCUCCGUUCCUAAAGAAACAGAAGGCUCAGGAGUUUAUAAGCCUGGCAAUGGGAGAUAUGUCGAUCUCUGAGUAUUAUAAUAAGUUUAUGACCAUUUCUAGGUUUGCUCCUAAGGUAGUACCAACUGAAGAGCUGAAGGCUCAGAGGAGUGGUAGUGCGAGUGCUAAGGCUGGGGAGAAAAGGAAGGACUUUGGGAAAUCUGAGAACCAGAGUAACUUUAAGAGGCCUAGGAAUGGGAACUCAUUGGAUAGGGGUAACCAAAAUGUUAGAAUUUCUUCCAAUUCUAACAAUGGAGAGAUAACCUACCACUGUAAGAGGUGUAGGAGGAAUCACCCUGGGAGAGACUGUGAUGGGAAUUUGGUGACCUGUCGGUUCUGCAACAAAAGGGGGCACAGGGAGUAUGAGUGUUACACCAAGCAGAAACAACAGGGAAAUGGUGGGAAUGGUGGGAACACCCAGCAGAGGGCUAACAACUUCAAAAACCAAGGGAAUAGGGGAAAUGGCAACAACAACAAUGGUUACCAGGCAAGAAACAACACUCGUGGCCUCUUGUCUAUGAUGAGCAAGGGAGAAGAUGAGAGGUCCUCGGAUGUAGUUACUGGUACUUUUUCUAUCCAAUCUGUCUCUGUCAACACUCUGUUUGACUCUGGAGCAGCUUACUCUUUCAUUUCUACUUCUGUUGUGCACAAGUUAAACUUAACUUAA